AUGGCAUUGGCAUGGGCUGAUCUUAUGGUGUGCUUGUAUAUGAUUGUUAACAUUGUCAAAGAAGCUCUGUUGUUUGCACGUAGUGAUCACAAUGGCACAAUCAUUUUUGACUUUUUGGAGCCGUUUGAAACCACAGCCAUUGGUACCUCGAUUAUGGUUACCGGAGUGAUUGCAGCGGAUCGCUACGAUUGCGUCUGCCGUCCACAUCGGCGUUUCUUUACCCACAUACGGGGUAAGAUAGCGAUAUGGGCAUCGCUUCUGUUCUCGGUGUUUAUCAAUAUCCCUCAGUUUAUUGGGGGUUUCCCGGACUCUAACAUUCCAUCUUUAAACACGAUUGUACUUGCAUUUCAUGUGCUUUUGAUCGUUACCGUACUUGUGAUGAUUGCCGUUUGUUACAGCUUAGUUUACAGAGCAAUAAAGAAACACGUCAAAGUUGGAACGGUGUCGACCGCUCAAGAUGAACAUGGUUUAGAGCUCGAAAGUAAUUUGUCGACAAAGCUUACUUCGACAGUGUCCCAAACUGUCGAGUCGGUGUUUUCAUCUAAUCGGGCUGGUCAACCCAGUUCAAGCAGUGAUAAACACGUCAGAAUGAAGAUGAGUGGGGCACCAGUUCUUCAUGGUACAUCCCCCUAUGAAAAAACACGGACAACGUUGACACAGCGAGGUGAUACGUCUACAGGGGGUCGACUCCCCGGUAGUGGCACAAAUGCACGGAGGGCAAGAGAAAACCAACAGAGGGCCAACGCUGUACUCCUACAACGCAAGACAACAAAAAUGCUGUUCAUAACAAGUGUAGUUUUUCUGUUGACCUGGCUUCCAUAUUGGAUAUCGAUUGUUGUUAGUUUUGCUAUUGAGGGUGGUCUGAAUAUCAACCCCGUUGUUGUGCGAAUAUUGGAUGAUCUCCUUUUAUUACUUUACUCUAACAACCUUCUUAAUCCAAUCAUUUACGGAAUUGCAAACAAACGAUUCAGGAAAGACUGCCGGGAUAUGCUACGCAAGAUCUGCUAA